AUGGAAAACAGAAGGCCUAUAAGAAUCCAGAAGAAGGAAGAAAUAUUCAGAAUUAAAGAGACAGCACAGCCUGUAGAUAACUCAGCAGCAGCAGGCAGUACAAAUUCCAUAAAUACGAAUAAAGAGGAAGAUUCAGAUGAAACCACUGCAUCAGAUGCACUUAGCACAGAGGAGGAAGAUGAAGUAGCAGCAAAGAAGCAAAAGACUCCUCAUUUAUUGAAAUAUGCAACAUUCUAUUGGUCAGCUAUUAUGUGUAUUAUUAUUGGAUAUCUCUUCCACUGCGUGAAUCAUAAGUGUGAGACAAACAUAAAAACAAUGGCACAGGCAAAUCAUAUUCUUACAGAAAAGAUAAAUCAGCUGGAAAGCCUUCUGCACAGCAAGCACAGAGAGAUAGAUGUUGCAGAUUAUUUAGAAGGCGCAAGAAUCAUACACGACUUAACAACAGACUCGUUUGUUAAGAAGGGAUGGCUUAAUUCAGUGAAGGGCCUGGGGGCUGAGGUGGCAAUAGACCGAGUCUGCACAAAAUAUCACUGCUACUCUUUUAAAGGGUCUGAAGGAAAGUUGGCAAUUGCAUUUAAAAAUGAAAAAGUAAUUCGAAAGAUCGGCAUCAUUCAUCCUUCAUAUGACAACAAAUCUUCUGCAAUGAAGUCUUUCUUUGUUGAUUGCAUUGUGAAUAAUAACCACGUGUGUAUGGGAGAAUUUGAAUACGAAGUGCCGGGCGACGCAUUUCAGCAGUUUUUAAUCCCUCCAACAAAAUGUACAGGAAUAGUGUUUAGAAUAAAGUCUAAUCAUGGCAAAAAAGAGUAUACUUGUAUUUAUAAGGUAUAUGCAUUUGAAUAAUCAAGUAGCAGCCCUAUAAGCACACCUGUAUGGUAUAAUAUGCUCCUAUCUACUUAUACACAGAUACCGAGUGCAGUAGUUAAUGAGUGCAUACACUAGUAAUAAUUCGAAAGUGUGGCAAAGAAAAUAUGAAAUUUAUACAAUAGAAGCAAUAGCCGCUAAAAAUAUUUUUGCUUAUUAUUUAAAAAAGCCAUAUUGGAAAUAACCCGAAAAUGAAGAUUUUACUGAUUAUUCUAAAGAUAAAUAUUAGAUAAGUAUAUAGAAUAGUUUAAUUUACAAUUUAAAUGGAUAUAAAAUAUUUAGGCGCCUUCUAGAUCGGUAAAUUAUUCAAUAGAAGUUCUUUUAACAGAAACUCUCUUUAUAUUCCAAGCUAGAUAGUUGUUAAUUAUAAGAAAGCCUAGUGUAAUAGCAGAGGAAAUAAAAAGAGUAAUAUUACUUAUAGAAGCGCAUAAAACAAUGUCUUUGAAUGUUAGCGCAACAACUGUUCCUGUUGUAUACGGCAGAUAUUUGUUUUCUUUAUAGAAUGUAUGUAGCAAGAAAAGAACAACUACUAUUUUAGACAAAACAUAAUUUGUGGACAUAAUAUAUACCAAGCAUGCAAACUGCGAAAUAAAAAGC